UUGGUUAUAAAUAUUUACAAAAAUAGACUAAGCUGUUUCUGGGAAUGUUCUGUUAAGUAUAUAACAGACAUAAUCCAAUUCUUUCCAGAGGGAGAAAGAUGGACCUUGACUUCCUGCAAUCAGGACACGGCCAAGGGGGAGAAUCAAAAAGCCGAAGGGAUCCGGCGUUUGUGGAAAGAGGAAAAGUCGAUUUGGCACACGCUGAAGAGGAUGGCGUACAAGACAAAUUCCGCAGCCUCCGCCGAAGAACAGUUCAAGAACUAUUUGCAGAAAAAAAAGCCUGGUCCGCUCAUAGAAACUCUUUCAGAAUUUGAAUUGAGAAUUGCAAUGGAAAAAGCGGAGAUGGAACCGAUCAAUGAGUAUUUAAAAACAACGGACGAAACACAAGUACAGAAGGAACCAUCAGUUCCAGCGGCAAAACAAGAAGUCCAGUUCCCACCGGAUGACGCGUUCGUCUUAACCAAACGCUCGAAGCUUAACUACAGACACCAAUUGGCUAGAGAACGUAGGUUAAAGGCACAGACAAUACAAGAGAGCACUAAGAAGAAAAUGGAGGAACUGAAGAAAAUCAAGAGAGUAAUGGAACAAACUGGAAACGAAUUUAAAUGUCAUAAGCAUGAAAAGGAGAAAACAGAACAAAUAAGAAAGAAAAAGUUUAUUGAGGGUAUGGCGCUUAAAUUGAAUUGCCCUCCUGAAGAACUUAGGGGAAUGGCAGAUGACUUAUACCAGAUGCAUUUAAACCAACAAGCAGAGUUUAAAAGAUUGAAAAAAAUUCAAAUCGAGCAGGAUAUUGAAUGGAUGGAAAGAUUUCUUGCAUCACUACCCCCUUCUAAGCCAAAGCCAAAGCCAAAACCAAGGACAAAACCUGUUGUGGAACCAGAGCCACCUGUACAAGAAUUGCCUAUUGUAGAAGAGGCAUCUUGUCAUGAAUUGCCAGAAGAGGAGGAAAAACCUGACACAGCACCCCAUUCGGAAGCAGAAGUUGGUAAAAAAAAGAAACGUGGUGUAAGGCGAGUUACAUCGUUUAGGCCAAGUGAUAUUGACAGAGAGACAGACGAAAAAAAUGAAGAGGAAGAAGUUGACAAUGAGGAAUUUAUGGUUGGUAUGAAAAGAAGGUCUAGCAGGAAAUCGAUGAAAAGAAAGAGUAUGAAAAGACAAAGUACAAAAAGACAAAGCACAAAGAGGCAAAGUACAAAAAGGCAAAGUACAAAGAGGCAAAGUAGUAAGAGACAAAGUACAAAGAGACAAAGCAUGAAAAGACAUAGUAUAAAGAGAAAUAGUAAACUGAAAAAUGCUCAUGCAAUGCCAAAAAAAACACAAAGUGAAAUUUCAUUGUUUUCAUUGAUGGGUUCAGCUUCUUAUGUUGAACCACCACCCAUUUCUGUAUUAGAUCCAGAACUAUUAGAAUGUUUCAAGAAAUGGAAAGAAUUGAGAAUGGAAAGAAAAUUUUUUCGAACAGCCAAUCAAUUUUUAAAGCAAGAGCCACCGCAGGACCCAACAAUGAAUAUCACCCCUGCUAUAGUGUAUUUCAAUGAAUUUGUCCCUGGCCAAAUAUACCAAAAAACUGUGAAAAUAAUAAAUAAUGGUGGAUGUAAAAGAUACUGCAAGCCAUUAAACAUUAAAUUCAAAACACAACAAUUUGACCCAAUGCUCAUUGAGGUAGAUCCAUGGACAAUAUUUUAUGCACAACCUACAGUUCCAAUAGUGUUAAAAGUCACAUUCAGGCCCCAAAAAUCUACAAGACAUUUAGAAAGUGAUGUCAUAUAUUACACAAGAUAUGGAGAGCAAAAUUGGAAAAUGUUUUCAUUUCAAAUAAAAUGUAUUCCUGUUGAACCGAUUAUUUCUAUCAAUACAAAUUCAAUAAGCUUCAAAUGUACAAAAUAUUGGACUGAUGAGAUUCCUAUUAGAAAUCUUAUUAUUACAAAUAAAGGAAAAGUACAUUGUGAUAUGACAAUAACAUCUGUUCUUACUCCGCCAAAGCCUAUUGUAAUUGCACAGAGUGAAGAUGAAUUUGUAGAGGAAGAAGAAGUCAAAGAAAAUUUCAAAUAUCCAUUCGUCAUAUGUCCUAAAAUUGUUAAAAGGAAUCUUGUCAAUAAUGAAAUAAUUUGUGAUAACCAAAUGGAUUUAGAGAAAGAGGAAAUGACUGAAGAAUGCUUGGGUGAAGAAGAGCAGGACAACUACUAUCAAACUCUCAAAGAAGAAAGUGAAAUUGCAGUGCAAAAUUUUGAUAAAAUAUACAAAGAAAAAGUGAUCACUAUAAAUGAACAGUGCCGCAUGAGCAUACCUAUCGGUUUUAUAAAAAUGAACAUCAAAAAUUUUAGAGAAAUGAAAGAUGAAUGGACGUUAACAUUUUUCACAGAAAACUUCCAGAAAGAAGAAAUAUUGAAGUUAGAAGCUUUUAUACAAUUUACACCUCUUCUUGUUGAACCGACUGUAUUAGAUUUUCAAGUUGUUCUUUUGAGUGAUGGUGUUCAGCAGAACAAGUUUGUCAUUACAAAUAUUGGAAAAAAAGCAAUGACACUAAAUAUAAAGAUUCCAAAGGAAUUAAUGAAACAUGUCCAUAUCCCGUUUGGCUCUCCGGUGAUACCUAAAGGGAAGUCAAUGCCGAUUCUUGUUCGUCUUGCUUUAAAAUCUACAUUUGUACAUGAUGCUAAAAAAUUUCUCGACUGUAAUACAAAUGUAUUGGAUUUUCCACUCUUCAUUACAUCUACUGAGCCUGAAUUGACAGGACCACCGAUUGAAAUUCAUGUUAUGGCAAUAGUGACAAGAAGCAUGGGCCUUUCGAUUAAACCUCAAAUGAUUUCAUUUGACAAAGUCUUUACACAUGAAACAGUAGUUGCUCCAUUUUACUUAGUAAACAAUACCUUGGCUACACUUUAUUAUGGAUUCAUUAAUCUACCUAAGUGGGUCAUGAUCCAGCCAAAUUAUGGUUUCGGUGUAAUAGCACCUGGUGAAAUUUUGGACUUGGAGCUGUUGUUUUCACCAGGGGUUGAACAAAUGGAAGAACCUGGAAGUACAGUUUUUCGAUCUUUUAUUUUAAAAUGUACAACUGCCGAACGAUUUGCAAUUGCUCCAAACAUAGACACCUACAGAGAGGAGAACCAAAACAAUUCAGACUUCAAAUUAUAUUGGUCCAAAAAUGAAGAAUUGAUGGAUACAACUGAGGUGAUUUCAUUUAACCAAGGCACACAGACGAUAGCACAACAAACUGAUACCGAAAGCUUAGAAGAAUCUGUAACCAUGGCAGCAGAUGCUGUGCAAACUGAAGAAAAGGUAGCAAACAUACCGCCGCUUUGUACUACAACAGACACAUUUUUUACAAUUUUGGGCGUAAAAUCAGUUGUUUUUGACACACUUUAUGAACUCUCUGCUCAGAAGGUUGUCUUAAAACCAACACCUUAUUACUCUUUUUCCAUUGCAAAAAUACAUCUCAGAAGUCCGAAUCGAUCUUCAGGGACGAUUUGUUACUGCAGAAGUUCAAGUCAUCAUCCAUUGUGCAACUUGAAAUCACGUUUUGAGUUCUUUUCAAAUCAUCCAUUUUUGAGUGUCGAACCAUGUAAAGGAACAAUUGGAGUAAACGAAGAAAUCAAAAUUUCCUUAAUAAUGAGGCCUGAACCUCCAUUUAAUGAAAUUGAGAGCUUUGCUAGAAAAACAAAGGCGAGAGCACUAGAAAAGGAACUAUUCGAAGAGUGGUUAAAAUCUAAAUCAAGUACAAAGUUUAAAAGGCUCGGGUCAUCAAGAAGAAAAUCUUCAAGGAGAAAAUCUUCUAGAAGGAAAAGCAGGAAAAGUUCUCUAAAAAAUAAAAAACCCGGUGACCGCAAGAGUCUUAGAAGGGCUUCAUCAAAACAAAAAAGAGUGAGCAUGAAGGCAACUACAAAUAAACCAAAACAUAAAGAAGAGCAUAAAGAAAGUUUACAAACGGAAAGAAAUGAUUCGGCCACAAGCAAAACUUCAAAAAAGUCUAAUAGGGGCUCUAUUAAAAGAAAAUCCAUGAGACGGUCUAGUGUGAAACAAAAGAGUUCUGACAAAAGAGUAUCUAUAAAAGGGCAAACUAAAGGAAGAGAAGAAAGAAAAGGCUCUAGAAGGAUGACGCUAAAUGAAACGCCAUCAUUUAAAGUUGAUCCUGAAAGUGUUAUACUUGAAAAAGAAGAUAUAAGUUAUGCACUUUUGGAUUUUGUGAAGAUGAAUGAACCAAAGAACUUCAAAUGCAAUGUUAAAUGUCUCAUUGAAUCCCAAGUAGACACUGAUCCUCCAUCACGACGAUAUGAAGAACUAAAUCUUUUGGUGCUUGGAAAAAUCACUAAUCCAGAUUUUAUAAUUAUGUCUAAUAUGGCUCCUCCUCAAAAUUUUAUGUUUCCACCGACGGCUAUUGGCGACAAACAUCGGAUAACUAUAGACAUUUUUAACACCUCAGGAAAGGAUAUCGUGCUUCAACAUAGCCUUUUCAACCCUAGUGAUGUUUUUUGGGUACCCACUGGUCAACCUAUGAUACGGGCAAAUCAAAAACUUGUGAAAGUUAGGAAAGGAAUAUUCAUGGAGCCAGAACAAAUAAUCAAAUUCCCUAUUUUGUUUGAACCAGUAAAAGAUGGCGAGGUCGUACAGUUCAUUGACUUUUAUACCAAAACAACAUUUGUGCCAAUAAAAAUACAAGGCUUAGGGGUGAUUCCAGUUUACACAAUUACACCAGAGUUUGCCUUAGCUAAAAUGAAGCCUACAGGAUUUGGACUUACAGCAAAAUGUGGACUUCUUAUAAAGAAUCAAUGUGCAGCAGAACUUAGCUUUUAUUUAAAACCGUCUCUUGCGAAAGAAGGAUUGUGUCUUAAUUUACAACAAAAGAUGUCCUCACUAUCACCGGCACCGCAUAGUCAAGUACACACAAGUCUAGCAGUAUCUUUCAAACAGAGCCUUAAUUCUGCAGUAAGUUCAGCGCUUCAGCCUGCUGUAAGUGCUGUUGAUGAAUUACUUGCGAUUGAUGAUCCAUAUCGAAAUCAAAGCCGACAAAGUGUAGUAAGUUGCAAAAGUGUUAGGUCGACAAAAGAGAGGAAAUCAAAAAUAGAAGCAGUAGAAAGUAAAACAGAGAGUAAAGCCAAAAUUAAACCUGAUGAGAGGAGGAAAUCGGUCAAGAAAGACCAUUCAGGCCGAGUACCAGAUAAAGCAAAAUUGAUUAGAAAUACAUCAUUUUCAGAUCAAUUCCCACAAGAAGUAGUAGAUGCUUACAAUUCCCCAAUUUUUACGCCUCUUAAAGAGAUACACAGUCAUUACUUCAAAUUUGCCGAUCGUAUAAUUAUACCUCCAUUUGAAACUGGUUUUAUUGAAGUAUAUUUUAAACCCUGGCCUCUUGAAGUGCUCAUGAGAUCUAAAUGUAGUCUUUUCUCUACAAAAUCUGUCCACAGACAAUCUGUAACUGGCCAAUCUAGGUCAAUAAAGAGGCAAUCUGUUAGAAGGCAGUCGGCAAGAAGACAGUCAAGAAGGCAAUCAAGACGGCAAUCAAGAAGGCAGUCUAGAAGACAGUCCAGUAGAAAGUCAAUAAAAGGCCCAAUUAGAAAGGGCCAAGGCAAAUCACACUGGAAAAGUAGUUCUUUUCAUAUGGAAGAGGGUUCAGAUUCUGAAGAAGAUGACCCUAAUGUAUACAUUGUCCAUGCAAACCUGUAUCUAGGAAACUAUACUUCAGUUAGGGAAUACUUCUUCUUAGGGCUUCCAUUUAUGAAAAACAAAAAGCGAAUGACACUGCGGCAAAAGUGUUCUUCAGUUGGAAUGUUAAGAAGAGCUUCUAAAAGACGAGCUUCUGCCAGGAGAGCAUCUCAAAGGAAAUCUUCUCAAAGAAAAUCCAAAAAAUGAAUACAUCAAGUGGAAAAAAUGAUGUAGAAAAAGCGUGUAAAUCUAAACUGUGUUGAGAAUUCUUCACUUUGUAUAACUGCGCUUUUUUAACUCAAUGAUGGAGUGUAUUAACAAUAGUGUUGGUUUUUUCCGAGUAACACCUAAAAAUGAUUAAUAAAUUUUUUCUUUAUGCA